GAUGGGCAUUUGUAGUUAUAAAUACUUGACCACUCUCCAGGGUGCGGCUUUCAGCCCUUAAAGCGGCUUCGUGUAGCCUGCUACCUAGCCGACUUUUGGCUUCGAGUAUAGGAAUUGAUUGCUAUAGGACAUCAUCUGCUGAGGAAGAAGUAAGAUGGAGCACAACGGGUCUGCUUCCAGUGCUGGUAAAAUCCACCAGAAUCGAUUGUCAAGUGUGACUGAAGACGAAGACCAAGACGCCGCUCUUACGAUCGUGACUGUGCUGGACAGGGUGGCCACCGUCGUGGACAGUGUGCAGGCCAGCCAGAAGAGAAUAGAAGAGAGGCACCGGGCUAUGGAGAACGCUAUAAAGUCUGUCCAGAUUGACCUGCUGAAGCUCUCACAGUCCCACAGCAACACAGGCUACAUUGUCAACAAGCUGUUUGAGAAGACCCGGAAAGUCAGCGCUCACAUCAGAGACGUGAAGGCCAGGGUGGAGAAGCAGCAGGUCCACGUAACCAAAGUUGAAAGCAAGCAAGAAGAAAUAAUGAAGAAAAACAAAUUCCGCGUGGUAAUAUUUCAGGAGAACGUUCGGUGCCCCUCAUCCCUGUCUGUUGUUAAAGACAGAAGCCUGCCUGAGAACCAGGAGGAGGACGAGGAAGUCUUUGAUCCCCCGAUAGAGCUCUCCUCGGAUGAAGAAUAUUACGUUGAAGAAAGCAGAUCCGCCAAGUUUAGGAAGUCAGGCAAGGAGCACAUUGAUCAUAUCAAGAAGGCAUUUUCCAAAGAGAACAUGCAGAAGACGCGGCAGAAUUUUGACAAGAAAGUGAGUGGAAUUAGAACUAGAAUCGUCACACCCGAGAGGAGAGAGAGGCUGCGGCAGUCAGGGGAGCGGCUCAGACAGUCAGGGGAGCGGCUCAGACAGUCAGGGGAGAGACUCAGACAGUCAGGAGAAAGAUUUAAGAAAUCAAUUUCAAAUGCUGCCCCCUCAAAGGAGGCUUUCAAGAUACGCAGCCUUAGGAAACCAAAGGAUCCCAAGGCGGAGAGCCAGGAGGGAGACAGAGGGAUGGGUGUGGAUAUCAUCGCUGGUAGCCUGGCGCUGGGGCCCAUCCAUGAGUUCCACCCUGAGGAGUUCAGUGAGACAGAAAAGGAGGUGGCCAAGGUAGGGUACAUUCCCCAAGAAGGAGGGGAUCCCCCACCUCCUGAGCCUUUGAAGGUGACUUUUAAACCUCAGGUGAGAGUAGAAGACGAUGAAUCGCUCCUGUUGGAUUUAAAGCAGUCCUCGUAGAGAGGAAUUAAGUGUGAGCAUCAAUCUCAAGUCACGUGGUCAUGGUUUGAAUCGAGUAGUCAUUUUUUAGUCACACACAGUAGAAAGGCAAAUGGUACAAAAACUUCAUUUCUUACCUUUAAAGUUCUAAAGAUUAUAAAAACUUUAUAUACACAGCUUUCUUAUAAGUUCCUCGGGAACUUAUGAUUCUAUUUCCCCUGAUAAUAUAUAUCACUCUGAUAGCUUUUUUCCCCCUAGUGUCACACCUUCUUGUGGCAGUUCUUGGCCAGUUAGAACAUAGUUGCAUGGCUUAGGUGUUUAGAUGCUUGGUUAUCCGUAACACAGGAGGGGCAAAUCUGCUCAUCGAUCACAAGCAAACUGUAGCUUUGGGUCAGGAUUAACAAACAAGUCCAGUCUCAAAGGGGAGUAGCUGAUGAACAUAUUGUGUUAUCCAGAUGUUCACGUCUGGAGAUUCAUUAGUGGAUUAGUAGCCAUACACCUUAUGAAGCUCUUCAGUGAAGGAAUAAAAAAAAAUUGUUUUGGGUGUGAACAUUUAGCUGUGGCAUCGUAACUUUCUUGCUGGUGAGCUGCUCAGCCGGUUGCCAUUCAGUUCCAGUGAUGGAAAUGGGGAGGCCUUGCUUGUCAUGUGCUUCUUGGAGGACUUGAGAUCUGAGGGUCUGUCACAGAGUGUGUGAGAGCAAGACACACAUUCAGUGGAGAAGCAUGAACCACACCGCUGCCUCUAACAGGACUUAACAGGUGCAUCUUUGAAGAAGCCCUCAGUACCAGGCACUGAGGCCCAAGCUGAGCAGAAACUGAUGUUGUACUUUGCAAGACUUUUCAUAGCUUGGAGAGUGAAAAAUAAAUGUUUGGAUGGGCACUUUUCCGUUAAAGACUGAAACCAACCUUGGACUUUUAGUGGGGUCCUAACAUAUUCCUCAGAAAUCCGUGUCUAACUGCCUUUAGAUUUGGAUGUGGGGUAGACUAGUGCAGGUUCUGUGUGCACAGCAUGGGGUGGAAAUCUGGGGCUCGGUUGUGGCUUUUUAAAAGUCUGCCCUGAUGUAGGCAUAGACAUGACCUUUAAUACUUCCUAUUUUCCAGAGUGAACCUUAUAGGGCUAGCAUGUCCCAAACAGUGCCCUUGAGUAUCCCUCACAGCCACUUUGGAGGAUACCGGGUCCCACUUAGCUCUAGAUCUGUGCAGUUAGGAAGUACAUCCCACCACCCGCCACACUUCUGGCACACUGAAGGCUUUGGAUCGUUUUUUGAUAUGGAAGAGAUGGUAGGAUUUUUGAUAAACUUUUUAUUGACAUCCAGUUUAAUUUUGAAUAAUUGUGUAGUAGUUAGGAAUAUGCAGGCAUGGGAGCUUUUGUCUGCUGCCCAGCACUGACCACACUGAGACAAGAGGGUCACGAGUGGAGUUGAUUGAGCCUGGAAUAUAUAUAUAUAUAUAUAUAUAUAUAUAUAUAUAUAUAUAUUCAUAUGGUUCAGCAUAAUUUUCUUUUCACUUGGCCUCAAUUUUUACCUUACUUCUUUUUUGUUUUGUUUUGUUUUGAGACAGGUUUCUCUGUGUGGCCCUGGCUGGCCUGGAACUCACUCUGGCUGGCCUUAAACUCAGAGAUCCACCUGCCUCAGCCUCCUGAGUACGCGUGCCACCACUGCCAGGAAUCUUGGUAUCUUUUUAUAUUGCAAACUAAAGCAUGGGCAGCAUGAAAUAAAACUUUGAAAGAAUAAUUCCAAAAGAAAACAUUUUUUAUAAUAGCUUAGAAGGAGGUUGGGUGCCCAACAAUAUAUUUGAAUGUCGAAUGAUUGUGAGUACAAAGUGUGAGGCCAGUGUUGUGGUUCUAGUGUGGAGAAGUUACAGACGGGGUUUGUGUGACACCAGACACUGGGUGCUUCACGUUGCUGGAGGCUAAUCAUAACCGUCUGCUUCAGAUCGUUACCAGGACCGUUCCUCCAUGCCAUAAGUGUGUGCCAACGUCUUUCCAUGCCUAGGAAAUUGCUAAAUUCCACGUUCAUAAUUUAUUGUACCUUCACUCUGUUUUAUUGGUGCAGAGGUAACGGGCUGCAAAAUCCGUGUAUUCAUUUAACAUAAGUAUUCUAGCCAGCAUUCAUUAUUUUCAGCGUUUCUGUAAACACCGGGUUAUUCAUCUGUGAUGCUGAGUCACACAUAGCAGGCUUUGAAUAAUUUACUCAAGUCAAACCCUUAGCAGGACUUACCACCCGCCUCCUAGUGCAACAGAGAAGAGCAGCCUCAGAUGCCAGGGUUGGGGAGCUGGACUGGAAACUCUUUUAGGGGUGACGGGGGAAGUGCAAAGCUGUCUCCUGCAUGUGGUGAUCCGGGUGUCCCCAUUGAGCAGUGGUUUGGCUCCUGCUUACAGGUUAAAGAAAGUGCUGAUGCAGAACAUUAGCGUACAUGGGCGGUCAGCUUGCCGAGAGUGGACGCCUUCCCCAAAAGCAAGUUUUCAUGAAUGAAAAGUAGAAGCCAAAAUAAAAAUGCAACCAUUUUGAGUUCAUUCUUUGCCUUUCAUACACAUUAAAAGGGUUGCUUUGGAAUAGGUCUGGU